GCGGCGGCCGGGCCGCCCCCCGCGCCGCUCCCGCCCCGUCCCCGCGGCAUGCGGGGGGCGCCGGCGCCGGCGCCGCCAAACUUUCGGCGGGGCGCGCCGGGCCGCGCCGGGCGGGCUGCUGUGCCGCGGCCUCCGCCCGCGGGAAGAGGCGCCCGUCGCCAGGGAGGAGAGAGCCGCCCCGGCACACCUCUGCUGAUUAGACCAGGCUGCUGCAAGGAUGGGGCCUCUGGCAUCAAUAGGCGAAGAAAACCAGACAGACGAAAUGAAAAUGGAGCUGUUCACCAGGCUCUACUUGCCAAGAUUCACCACACCACUCAAUGAAUUGGCUCUCGACCCUAAACCAGAACUGAAGGACAGCACCACGCUGGUUGAAGUGCAGAUCAUCCUCAUCUUUGCUUACUGUUCCAUCAUCCUGCUGGGGGUGAUCGGGAACUCCCUUGUGAUCCAUGUGAUCAUCAAGUUCAAAAGCAUGCGCACAGUGACUAACUUCUUCAUUGCCAACCUGGCUGUGGCUGAUCUGCUGGUGAAUACGUUGUGCCUGCCCUUCACGUUAGUUUACACACUGCUGGGUGAAUGGAAACUGGGCCCAGUCUUGUGCCACCUGGUGCCUUAUGCCCAGGCUCUUGCUGUGCAUGUGUCUACUGUCACUUUGACUGUGAUUGCUUUGGAUCGGCAUCGCUGCAUCGUCUACCACUUGGAAAGCAAAAUUUCCAAGCGGAUCAGCUUUCUGAUCAUAGGAGUAGCCUGGGCAGUCAGUGCCCUGUUAGCAAGUCCUCUGGCCAUCUUCCGUGAGUACUCACUGAUUGAGAUCAUUCCUGACUUCAAGAUUGUGGUCUGCUCUGAAAAGUGGCCAGGGGAGGGGCAGCUUAACUACGGCACCAUCUACAGUGUCUCCAUGCUUCUGAUCCAGUAUGUGCUGCCUUUGGCAGUUAUCUCCUAUGCCUACACCCGUAUUUGGACCAAACUCAAGAACCACGUUAGUCCUGGGACAGCGAAUGACCACUACCACCACCGGCGGCGGAAAACCACCAAGAUGUUGGUGUGUGUGGUUGUGGUGUUUGCUGUCAGCUGGCUGCCCUUUCACACCUUCCAACUGGUCAGUGAUAUUGACAGCCAGGUGUUAGACCUGAAAGAAUACAAACUGAUCUACACAGUGUUUCAUGUCAUUGCCAUGUGUUCAACCUUUGCUAACCCCCUCCUCUAUGGCUGGAUGAAUAACAACUAUAGGACGGCCUUCCUCACGGCCUUCCAGUGUGAACAGCGGUUGGACUCCAUCCACCCUGAAGUAUCGGCAGCUUUCAAAGCCAGGAAGAAACUAGAAGCAAAGAAGAACAAAUUCCCUGGAGACUCUUUCACACAACCUACCAGUGUCUAAGAUGCCUGACUUUAAAGAAGAAAUGAGUAUGUUGUAGACAGAGAUACAAGUCCAUUCUGACCCAUGCAUUUUUAAUGCAUAGUUUUAAUCAUAAAUGGUGAAAGAACACUAGCAGGAAAGUCAAGGGGGGUGGUAUGAUUCAAGGGGAGUUGAUUGACAUCAACAAUAUGUAACCAUACAACUCCAAAGAAAUAGAAGAGAGAGACUUUGUUUCUGACUGUCUCUAACAUGGUAGGAGGGAUUCCCUCACUCCCAUUCCUCCCAUCUCUUUUUGGUUAAGUCUAAGUGACAGAGUUUGCUAUUUUUGUCACAGGAAGACAAACAGGUGAAUUGUAACAUGGGAGUAUUGAUCGUGGGAGCAGGAAACUUUGAUAUGGCAUGGAGGAGAACAGGAGAACAGAAGAGGAGAGAGAUUGCAUGUCGAGAACAUGGAGAGCAGAAGUCUGUCAGAAGAACAAAGCAUAUCUGGAGACAAUGGGCUGCACUGGUUAAAGCUCACACUUUUCAGACCCUUCCUCUCCCACAAGUAUGCUUUGUGAAGAAAAGGGAAUUAAGAGGAGAAAUAUGUUACUGUGUUUGACUUGUACUGAAAUACUUCAAACCAGAGCAUUCUAAAUGGAUUAGGGGGAGAAAACGAGAAAAGAAUUAGAUUCAAUGUAAAGAAAGGUAAAGUUUCUACCUACAUUGAAAUGUGGGUUUUGGUCAAUGAAGUCGAGUAAAAAAUCAUUCCUUAUAAAGUCAAGCUGGUGAGAAAAGUACAAGCCUGUGCCCUGAUCGCUCAUUCCCUGCAGAUCCCUACCUUACAUUAUGCAUUUGCAACAGCUCACAAACUCAACACUUCAAAGUGGCAUCCGAGGGCAUGCAGGGGAUGCAGGCUCAGGUCUUCUGUGAGCACUUCAUAAACUGACAGAAUGCCAAUAUUUUAAUUUUCAGGCCCUGCUUAAAUGUCUAACGUGUUAUUAACUCCAGAGGCUUUGAACUGUUGCUGCUUUCUCCCUGGAUAAAAGAACAGGAGAUAGUUUUGAUCCUCUGGAAAGGCUGCUAGAUGGUAAUGUGCUUUUCCUUGUUGUGUUUUUUUGUCACACACUCAUGUCAUCUUGGAGCUUUUCCCACCCUUUGCCUUGUAAAAAUUAAGAACAUCUGAAUGACUGUAACUUAGUAACAGCAUGCUAGGUUCAUGUGAUAACUUACCAAUUACUCUGCAUGCUGUAGUUAAUGGUUAAAGUCCUUUUUUUGCUCAGGUAUAAAAUUUUAAUCUGUUUACUGUGCUGUACGCAGCAAUGUUCAACUCUUCUGUGUCCUUGUUUAGCCUCUUUAAACUCUUUAAAGAGAUGAAGAAAAUUUCAAUCCAUGUUUACUCUAAGCUGCCCUGUUGCUUAUCUAGAAUAAAAAUAAGUGUGAUACUUCCA